AUGCAGGUGGAUCGGAGCUGUGUGGUUUCCAGUGCCUGGUGUGUGUCUCUCCUUUUACUUUUCUCAACUCUAAGCACCAGGGUCAGUGAGGUGGGAGGCACCCACCAAAGCAUCCCUCCGUCCGUGGUGAAGCUGUGGGCUUCAGCUUUUGGUGGGGAGAUGAAGUCCAUCUCGGCAAAGUACUCCGGCUCCCAGCUGCUGCAGAAGAAAUACAAGGAGUUUGAGCGGGCAGUGCGAGUGGAGGAGAUUGACGGGCUGCGUCUGGUAAAGAGGCUGGCAGAGGACAUGGAGGAGAUGUUUCACAAGAAAGCUGAGGCAAUGAAGAGACUGGUGGAAGCGGCAGAGGAAGCCCACCUGCAGCACGAGGAGGAUCCAGACCUACAGUAUGAAUACUUCAACGCGGUGUUGAUCAAUGAGGUGGAUGAGGAAGGGAACAGCGUAGAACUUGGAGGAGAAUUCAUCCUGCAACCCAAUGACCACUUCAACAACCUGUCCGUCAACCUCAGUCUCAGCGUGGUCCAGGUGCCCACCAACAUGUACAACAAAGACUCUGCAAUCGUUAACGGCGUGUACUGGUCUGAGGCCUUGAAUAAAGUGUUUGUGGAUAACUUUGAGAGGGACCCAUCACUCAUAUGGCAGUAUUUUGGCAGUGCCAAAGGCUUUUUCAGGCAGUACCCAGGGAUCAAGUGGAAGCCGGAUGAACACGGGGUCAUAGCUUUUGACUGUCGUAACCGGAAGUGGUACAUCCAGGCUGCCACCUCUCCAAAGGAUGUGGUCAUCCUGGUGGAUGUCAGUGGGAGUAUGAAAGGCCUCAGGCUGACCAUCGCCAGGCAGACGGUCUCCUCCAUACUGGACACUCUUGGAGACGACGACUUUUUUAACAUUAUUGCCUACAAUGAGGAAUUGCAUUAUGUGGAGCCAUGCCUAAAUGGAACUCUGGUCCAAGCUGAUGUCACCAACAAAGAUCAUUUUCGGGAGCACCUCGACAAGCUGUUUGCUCAAGGCAUUGGCAUGUUAGACAUAGCUCUGACUGAGGCCUUCAAUCUUCUUGGUGAUUUCAACGAGACUGGGAGGGGAAGUGAGUGUAGCCAGGCCAUUAUGUUGGUGACAGAUGGGGCAGUGGACACAUAUGAUGCCAUCUUUGCCAAGUACAACUGGCCAGAGAGGAAGGUCCGCAUAUUCCCUUACCUGAUUGGUCGAGAGUCAGCCUUCGCAGAUAAUCUGAAAUGGAUGGCAUGUGCUAACAAAGGCUACUUCACUCAGAUUUCCACAUUGGCAGAUGUGCAAGAGAAUGUGAUGGAGUAUCUCCACGUGCUGAGUCGUCCCAAGGUGAUCGACCGGGAGCACGACACGGUGUGGACGGAGGCCUACUUCGACACCACUCUCCCCCAAGCACAAAAGUUGGAUGACGGUAAAGGUCCGGUUCUGAUGACCACAGUGGCAAUGCCAGUGUUCAGUACCAAGAAUGAGACUAGAAACCGUGGCAUUCUGCUAGGAGUGGUUGGGACAGAUGUGCCUGUCUCUGAGCUGCUCAAGACCAUCCCCAAAUACAAGCUGGGUAUUCACGGCUACGCCUUUGCAAUCACCAACAACGGCUACAUCCUCACCCAUCCAGAUCUACGUCCACUUUACGGAGAUGGCAAGAAGCGAAGGAAGCCAAACUACAGCAGUGUGGAUCUGUCAGAGGUGGAAUGGGAGGAUAAGGAUGACACGCUGAGAAAUGCCAUGGUCAACAGGAAGGCAGGGACCUUCUCCAUGGAGGUGAAGAAGAGUGUUGACAAAGGGAAACGUGUACUGGUGUUGCAUAAUGAUUACUACUACACAGACAUCAAGGGGACUCCUUUUAGUUUAGGGGUGGCUCUUUCCAGAGGCCAUGGAAAGUAUUUUUUCAGAGGGAAUGUCACAGUGGAGGAAGGACUUCAUGACUUGGAACAUCCUGAUGUAGCGCUGGCAGAUGAAUGGACGUACUGCAACAUAGACGAGCACCCAGAGCACCGCUACUUAUCCCAGAUAGAGGCAAUCAAACUCUACCUCAGUGGACACGAACCCCACCUACAAUGUGACAAGGAGCUGAUUCAGGAGGUUCUCUUUGACGCGGUGGUGACUGCCCCUUUGGAGGCCUACUGGACGAGCCUCGUGCUCAAUAAGUCUGAGAACUCUGAUAAAGGGGUGGAGAUAGCCUAUCUGGGCUCAAGAACAGGCCUGUCCAGAAUUAACCUGUUUGUGGUACCUGACGAGCUUACAAACCAAGACUUUCUGACAGCUGAAGACAAAGAGGGGGUAUUCAACGCCGAUCACUUUCCUCUGUGGUACAAGAGAGCAGCAGAACAAGUUCCUGGUACCUUCGUCUACUCUCUACCUUUUAACUCAGGAUCUGAAAACAAGAGUGUUGUAUUGGCCAGCACCGCCAUUCAGCUUCUGGAUGAGAGGAAAUCACCCAUAGCUGCGGCUGUGGGCAUUCAGAUGAAACUGGACUUCUUUCAGAAGAAAUUCUGGACAGCCAGCCGACAGUGUGCAGCAUUAGAUGGGAAAUGUUCCAUAAGCUGUGAUGAUGAGAACAUUAACUGCUACCUCAUUGACAACAACGGCUUCGUUCUGGUCGCGGAGGACUACACUCUGACAGGAAAAUUCUUUGGAGAAGCAGAGGGGGCUGUAAUGAGUAAGCUUCUGCAGAUGGGCUCUUUCAAGAGGGUCACUCUGUAUGACUACCAGGCUCUAUGCUGGGUUUUUUCAGAAAGUAGUGACAGUGGACACACACUGUUGGAUCCUUACUUUGCUUUCUUCUCAAUCGUGAAGUGGAUCCUGACUGAGCUUGUCAUAUUCCUGGUGGAGUUCAACUUGUACAGCUGGUGGUACUCUGACCUCACUGCUAAAGCUCAGCGGAGAGGUCGAACCAUGCAGGUACCAUGUGACACCGAGUACCCGGCCUUCGUCUCCGAGAGAACCAUCAAAGAGAACAUGGGCAACGUCGACUGUGACGGCUGCAUCAAGUCCUUUGUGAUCCAGCAGAUCCCCAGCAGUAAUCUCUUCAUGGUGGUGGUGGACAACAAGUGUGACUGCAGCAUGUUUGAGCCAAUCACCAUGGACCCCAUCGAAAUCAUGUAUAAUGAAUCUCUCAAGUGCGAGAGGUUGAAGAUGCAAAAGGACAGGAGGCGCCCAGAUACCUGUCACCCUUUUCACCCAGAGGAGAACUCAAUGGAGUGUGGAGGAGCUCUGGGUCUCGCCCCGUCUCUUGCAGCAACACUGCUCUGCGUCUUCCUAGCGCUGUUCCCUAGGUGA